GUCGGUGAUUGUUUGCGUCUAUGCGUAUAGCGCGAACUCUAAUAAGGCGUAAAUCAGAAACCCACUGCGUGUUUUUGUGUGUGCUUUGGAGGCAAUAAAUAUCACUUACAAACAAGCACACAGACAAACGGCAUUAUCUUGAGGUUAAAGCGACUUAAACUCUGGUGCUAAUCUAAAAAAAAAAACUUAGAAACGAAAAGAAAAUUGUGUGCGUGUGAACAAAUAGAAUGCGAAAAAUGUGAGAAUUCCGUUCCUGCCCGUGUCAAUCAAUGAGAUAAACAAACAAAAGUAGAUGGAAAAGCUAACACCAUGCAGCGGGAAUCUGAACAAUAGGAACUACCCACAACAACUGCGAUACAAGCAAAUAAAGCCAACAAGCAAAACGGCGGCUCGACCGUACAUUUCCAGUUCUGUUUGCCUAACAAGCGUGUGGCCGCUUUCCAUUACGCCCAAAUUAAUUUCAUUCGAUUUCAAUUAAAAGGAGACCAACAAUACCGAGGCUGGAGGUUAAACGGACCCUCUGUGAUACGAGUGUAUUGGUUAACUAAUAAAACGCAUCGGCCCAGGCCACAUUUAUGCAGCUGCUGGAACAGAGGCAGCGACAGGGACAACAGCAUUAUGGGCGCCAAUACUUCGAGCCGAUCCGAUACGAGUCUGCUCAACGAUGAUGAUGUCAACUUUGAUCAUUUCCAAAUACUGCGGGCCAUUGGAAAAGGAAGCUUUGGCAAGGUGUGCAUUGUGCAGAAACGUGAUAGCGGCAUUUUGUAUGCCAUGAAAUAUGUAAGCCGGUCAGCUUGCGAAUCGCGCGGUGCUCUUGGCGGGGUCAUAAAAGAGGUUGAAUUGCUCGCCUCAUUGGAGCAUCCAUUUCUUGUAAAUUUAUGGUUUUCUUUUCAAGACGAGGAAGAUUUAUUCAUGGUCUGCGACCUGUUGACAGGCGGUGAUUUAAGAUAUCAUUUACAAAACCGGGUGGAAUUUUCAGAGCAGAGCGUGGCCUUAUUAGUUUGCGAGCUGGGUAGUGCGUUGGAGUACUUGCAAACGCAGCGUGUUGUCCACAGGGAUAUCAAGCCGGAUAAUAUUCUAUUGGAUGAUGCCGGACACGCUCAUUUGACUGAUUUUAAUAUUGCAACGAGACUUCAGAAGGAUGGCCUAGCCUGCAGUAUGUCGGGGACCAAGCCAUACAUGGCGCCGGAGGUGUUCAUGUGUGCGUUAGAUGAAGUUGCUGGCUAUAGCUUUCCGGUGGACUGGUGGUCCCUGGGUGUUGUGGCCUAUGAAAUGCGCGCAAAUACACGCCCGUUUGUCGUGCACUCGAACACCCCCCUAGUGGAGAUCAAACACAUCCUAAACACACCCGUACACUAUCCCAGAUACUGGGGCAGCAAUUUCAUCGAUUUGCUGACCAAGUUACUGUGUGUGCAUCCGGGUGCACGGAUCAGCACCCAACAGGAGCUGCAACAGACCCCAUUGCUGCGACACACCGAUUUUCAACACGUGCUGGACAAAAAGACAAAACCAACAUUUAAGCCACCCGAGGAUCAUCUUAAUUGCGACCCCUGUCUGGAACUGGAGGAGAUGAUUGUGGAGACCCGCCCGCUGCACAAAAAGAAGAAGCGUCUGGCUAAGCAGCGGUCAGCGCAACGCGACAGCGAUCCCGAGACUGUGCUCAUAAAGGAGUUCAUUGUGUACAAUCGGUACAAGGAGCUCAAACGGAAGGCCAUGGAGCAAAAGGAAAACGACUGGCAGCGAGAGCUGGAACUGGCCAUGGCCAACUCAAUAGUCAAUAGUUUGGCACCUAUUCAAGAAGCAGCGCCCUCGGCGCCAGUGGCAGCCGCCUGCGCCAAAUGUGCGGCUACGAAACCAUCGAAAGAAAGUGAUAGCAUUGAAUUUAUAGAUCGCACACCAUCGCCGCAGUCAGCCGUCACAUCGACGCCCACUAAGGGGGCUGGGGGUACGAAUGCAGCCACUUCUGCAACUGCUAUUGUUGUUCCCAGCAAGACGGACCAGGCAGCAACAGCAGCACCAUCGCAUAAAUGAAAGUUUCCACUACCUUGUUGCUAAAAUGAAACGAAUUUCCCCCCCAAGAUUUCAAUGCAAUUAGUGCAAAAUAGUUACGAAUUAACCGACCCAUCACCUCAAGGCACCAAAACACACCUCCACUAUAGGUUUCAGCCCGAACCAAAACAGACAGCAACUUCAAGAGCCUAAUAUAAGUAUUAUCGCAUACAUAAUUGUUUCCAAAUAUCUACCACAAAACACGCGCUGAAUUGAAAUGUUGUAAAUACAUAGUUGUAUAAUGGCUACUUAAUAUUAAGAUAUUCCUAGUGCUUAAGUUCCUUUUGUACAUAUUGUUAGA